GCCCGAACCCGCGAACCCGGGCGGAGCGCACCCCCGCUUGGAAUUCCUUCCUUCCGGUGCGCGCGCAUUAAAGCGGCAAGCCACCUCCCUCCUCCUCCUCCUCGCUCACCGCACGGCACACGCGCCCAGGAAUUGCGAUUUCAGAUCUCGCCUCCCUCGCGGCCCGCCAGAUCUCGCCCUCCGGUGAGCCAUGGGUUCGGUUGUGGAAGCUCCAACAGUUGUGGCUGGGCAGGAGGAGGUCACUGACAACAUGUUGGGUGACAAGAAAGUUACAGUUGUAUUUGUUCUAGGUGGUCCUGGAAGUGGAAAGGGUACACAGUGUGCCAACAUUGUUGAACACUUUGGAUUCACCCAUCUUAGUGCUGGAGACCUUCUGCGUGCAGAGAUCAAAUCUGGCUCUGAAAAUGGAACUAUGAUCGAGAACAUGAUAAAGGAGGGAAAGAUAGUUCCAUCAGAGGUGACUAUAAAACUUUUGCAGGAAGCCAUGAUUAGAAGUGGAAAUGAUAAGUUCCUUAUCGAUGGAUUCCCACGGAAUGAAGAGAAUCGUGCUGCAUUUGAGAACGUUACAAAAAUAUCUCCUGCAUUUGUGCUAUUCUUCGAUUGUUCUGAGGAAGAGAUGGAAAGACGUCUUUUGGGACGCAAUCAGGGAAGAGUUGACGAUAACAUUGAGACCAUCAGGAAAAGGUUCAAAGUUUUUGUUGAAUCCAGUUUGCCAGUCAUUGAGUACUAUAAUGCAAAGGACAAGGUUAAAAAGAUUGAUGCUGCAAAACCAAUUUCUGAGGUGUUUGAAGAUGUCAAAGUCAUUUUUGCUCCAUAUGCGCCAAAUGCCGCUUAGAGCAACAGAAAGGACCAUAAAGGUGAUUCGUGCUAGAACUUCAAAGAAGGUGUGACUACAGAUCUGUGAUUAUGAAACCGUUAAUACAGAAGAGUUUUGGCUCAUCCGAUCUACCUGCAUACCCGUAGACAAUUUGAUUUGUUACCUGCAAUAAUUAGUUUUGAUCCCCAUUUUCUGCUAGAGUAACUUCCACCAGCUUUGGUGUAUCCUAUGUAAUGCUGUACUUGUACCAAUGUAUCAUUUACUGCAUGGACAAUCAAACCUUGUCCUCCCACCAGUUUCCGGUGGUAUAUAUUAAAGAAAGCAAAACUUGUAUCCUUUUUUGGACGUUUUUAUUAACACAAUGCUCACGAACGAAUGAUGAUCAUUCAAUUUGUUCUAACAAACCUUUGCAGACUAUGCUAACUUGAUUGCAAGCACAUUGUAGUAU